CGCUCUGCAACACUCACCACUCGCGCUGGCCUUGUGCGGCUCUCGACUCCCCUUCUACCGGUUCCCGAGAAAUGCGCUAUCGAUCCAGGACUUAGACAUGCGCCACAGAUCAUCCCUCCGUCGGUCAUAUCGAGAUUUGGAUUUCCUCCGCCUACAGGCUGCAUCCGCUAGAUCCUCCGUCGUGUCAUGAAAAGGUGCCUGUGUCCAGCUCGUCUCUUGCGCCCCUCGGUCUCGUCUCUCAACCGUCGCGUACUCGGUGCUUCGCUGCAUUCGGGGCUCCGGAGCUGGAGAUCCUCUCCGGGAAGGCGACAAUGGAGUCGCCAGUACUCGGUCAGCUCCAGGCCUCCUCCGUUCGAUCGCCGGUUACUUGAAAACUAUGCUUCGGCGGAGACGAAGAAAUGCCCCGUUCCUUGGCAGCAACAGUCCGAUCUGGAGGCAUGGAUGGUUUUGUUGGAACAAUACCUACCGCCAUCGUUACGGAGAUGCUCGCAAGACGCCGACGAGGAUACUACAUCAGCUACCGCAGCAACAACUCCGACCCAGGAGUCGUUCGCGCGCACCCUUGAGUUGAAUAAUUUGUUGAUGAACGCAAGAUCGUUCGGAGGCCUAGACCUUUUGGCUCAUCUGGGAUUCCGGUUCAAUAACUGGCCUGCGGUGUAUCACUUGACGAACCAAUUGCUCGAUGCUGCGGAUGCACUCAAUGAGGUUGCGGUGCCCGUUCGACACCUCUCUGAUUACAGCUGGGGUCGUGGUACUGGCUUAUCGCUGGACCAGCUUACUGAUCAGAGUGCAGACUCGGCUCCGCGACCCGAAUCAUUAUCUGGGUCCCCGCCGGUCUCUGGAUUGACAAGCUUAGAUGCGUUUACCGAAAGACCCUUCGCUCACGAUCAUUCGAAACGGAUAAUGGCAGAAGUAUGGCAAGGCUUGGGUUCCAUCGUGCUAGAUGCGGCCGACGCCUCGCCAAAUGAGUCGAAACUAGCGAUGUCUUGCGUGUUCCGAAUCCUGGCACGUUUGCACCAUUCGGGGGCCGUUGCUGAUCGAUUGUACAAGUACGUUCCUCCGACGGCCCACCAGACUGUCUUUCGACCGCCCGGAAUGCACCUCCUUUCAACACAUAUCAUGAACGUUCUGUCGGAUGCCGCUUGGCUGAUGCACGAGGCCGAGGUGGCAGCUCAGGCUGCUGCCGCUGGCGAGGAUUCUCCGUAUCUUCCCUUCAAGAUGGGCAUUCGCGAACUUGGACCCGAGAUCUGGCUAGAGUUUAUCCUGUGGUGCUGCGUCGAGCAUGGACAUGUCAAGGAAGGCGUGUGGCUUGUCAACCAAAUGAAACGACGCGCAGGGGAUCUGGCGUGGAAGUUUGAAAGCUGGAGGCCUCUUCUCCAGCGUCCAGAACUAGUAUGGAAGACGAACAUCGACCAGGAAGAAUCCUGGCGCCAUACUCCUGCCGAGGAGCGUACACCGUCAUUACGAAAGCGUACUACUCCUCCACCUUUCAACGGUCUGGGGAAACGGACGGUCAGUCUUGAGGUUGCCGCAGCAUUGCUAGACAACGUGCCCAAUCAAGUCUAUCUCGGUCUGGGCUUCCGAGGCAUUUCGCCAACGAUGCUUAUAGACCAGGCCUCUGUCCUCAAGUUUGCAAUGGCCUCAGAAACGACUGGCGAGGCUCUCCUACCCACCAACAUGGCGACCAACCGGUUUGUUGUUCGUGUCGUUGAAUCCAGAGGCUUCAACCAGGAGGUCGACCCUGAAGCUUUCGAAAAAAUUCUCCGUUUCACUCCCCAUGUGGUACCACCAUGGAAUCUCGACCUAGAUCCCGUUGAUGAGGACGAUUUGGAGCGACUGCGGCCAUCACAAAUCUGCCAUGAGAGCUGGGCCAUGGCUGGGCUCAUUGAGUACAACGUCCGAUCUUUCUCUUCGCAGAAGCUAUGUGGAGACGCCAUCAAUGCGAUUGAAUGGCUCCAGAGAGUGAUUGAUGCUAGCAAGAUGUACCGCAUCGACGAGUUUUUCGCGCAGGAAAACUCCCCCGAUUCCGAAAAUCUCCCUGUCCUUAACUUCAGCAAGCUCGUUUCCCUCCUCCCACUUGACACGUCAAUGCCACAGCUGUCGGUCCUCACUCUCGCGGAGCUUCUGGAUCUGGCUACGGCGUCGCGUGCAUUCACCUUUGGGGAGUGGCUACUCUUGUCCGAUGACAUCGACGGCCCUCCUAUUCCUCUGAAGUUAUAUGGCAACCAGGCUCUGACGCCGUCCAUCAUUCGGUUCGCCACUGCCACCAACAAUAGCCAAGUGUGCGACUCCGCGGUACAGUCUCUCUCGCAGCCCCUGUCAACAAACACUCUGCGCGCCCUGUUGAACUUCCAGAUUGCCAUGCGCCAGUGGGACUCGGUGGCCUUCACGCUAGAAUAUCUCCGCGACUUUCGACUGAAAUCCUGGGGCCACAGCAAUGUGAUCGCCCUCGCCGCGGAAAUCGUCCGGAUAGACCAUGCCAUUCAACAGCAACAAUCACCCGAUCCUUCGGAAAGAGAACGUCUGGAAGAGAGCCUCACUCAAGCGAGAUCCAUCCUUCUCAGGGUUCUCCACGGAGAAUUCAACGAAUCGCAGCCCCACCUCGAAAAUACGUUCCAGAACCGAUCCCUCUACAGUAUCCAUCAAGUCUUCCUCUCCAUCCCCGGUGCUCUCCACGACGUCGCUGCAGCUGCCACCCUUCAAUACACACCGACCGCGCACUCCAGAAUCCCCUAUAUUCCCUCCGCAGCCUUCCACCCCCUCCUCUCUGCUGUCGUUGACACACGAGGCAGUGCAGCCGGAAAACGCCUGUGGCAGCAAUGGUGCCUCGACAUUCUAUCGCCUGCUGGUCGUCGUCGCCAUAAAGGCGGGAUGACCCGCCUCUACCAGCACAGCGAGCGCAACCCAGCCAUGGGCGAUCCGCACUUCGACUCGGUCUACUUCCACGAGCUCCAGCAGAACGCAGUAAUCCCGAACCCGAACACGGUGCGCAUCAUCGCCCAGGCCGCCGUCAAGGAACACGACGACUUCCUUCAAUCCACCGAUGCCGUCGAGCCGGAGCAGGACACCGACUCCUCCCCAUCAUCGAAGAAGAAGACACCCCCGGCCACGAACCCCGCGAUCGCCAUCCUCGAAUUCUGCGCCCAGCGAUUUGAAUCCUUGGGUCUUCGCCGCCGGGAAGUGAACCGCGAAGUCGGCGGCCUCGUGUACCGGCGGAAAAAGGAAUUGCGCAAACAGCGCAAAGAGCGGAUGGAGAAGAGAUCGGCUGCUCAAUCGGCAUCUACUACUACCGAUACUGAUGCUGCCACUCCAUAGGAUCUGUAAUCCUUGCAUAUAUAACACGUGUACAUUACCUCCUCUUUUCUAUUUCCCUAUUUCUCGGACUUGGUUUGAUUUGGUUCGGCUCCCUGACCCUUCAGCAUCUCGGUUGCUCAGUUGCCCAUCCACCUACCUUUUUAUCUCAUUUGCAUUAACGGAGUUCAUUGGAUACUGCCAAAAAAACAGACGGAUAGACAGAUAGACAUCUUUUUCUUUAUCCCUACUCUGUUUUUCCAUCGUGAAAUUGGAUCAUGAUCGCCUGGCAUGAUGUCCCACGACAUACCCGAGUGUUGUAUAUAACUCAGACAUGUUAUCAGAGCGUGUAACGCUGGUUC